AUGGAUGUAAACAGUUCGGUACGCAUAAACAAUAGCCUAGACAAUAUUUGUCAAUUGCUUCAUUAAGAAAACACUUUGCUUCCUUCUACACAAACUCGCCGAACAGUAAGUCGAAUCAGUGGCGGUAAAAAUUUUAGACCUUUAUCGAGAGUGUCAUAAUUUCAUUGUUGUUAUUUUGCAACAUUCAGCUGCCUCCCGCUCGGUUGCCGUGCACUGUCAGCGGCCGGAAAAUUGUUCACAUUUUGGACAACUUUUUUUAUAGACACAUUUAAGAACUUACUACAAAAAACAAAAUGAGUGAGAAGCCUUCGAAUAUUAUAAGCAAUGGUGAAUUGGAGAUUGUCACGAUCACUGCAGAGCUGUACGAUGAGGCAGUAAAGCUGUUUACCGACAAUUUUAUACCACAAGAGAAUGCUUCCAUCGCUACCAAAACGCCCAGUUCACCACAAGCGAUUGAAGAGCUGCAGUGUUUAUGCCGAAAGUUACUCACAGAGGAUAUCUCCUUUGCAGCGCGUAAUAUUGCCAAUGGGGAGCUAGCCGCCAUCGCUGUUAAUCACCUAAUGUCAUCGACAUCUGAAAACUGCACACUCUUUGAUACAGUGCGGUCUCCCGCUAUAGAAUGUAUCAACGAUUUUUUGGAACGCAUCGAUACCAGUGCCGACAUUUAUAAGACACUGCAAAUAGACUGUGUACUUGAGAUUGUCUUUCUCGCAACUAGUUCCAAAUAUGUGCAACGUGGCUUAGCCAGUUCUCUAACCGAAUAUACAAUUGAGUAUGCGCGGCGUCUGCAAAAGGGCACAUUACCACCAGAAGAUUUACCAGCUGCAGAAGUGCGUGUGCUCAAACCAAGUGCAGUCUGUUCAGUAUUCACAUCGAUACAUACGCAACGUAUUGGACGAAAAUUUAACUUCGAGAUUUUGAAUCAAAUACCAUACACGGAGUUUACAUUUGAGGGAAGAACAUUUGCGGAGCGAAUAGAUCCCAAGCAUAAGUUUGCCACAUUUGAGGCUUUGCGGUUGUGAGAUUUGGAGGAGCUAUGUCAAAUGAAAAUGGAAUAUGUAUUUUUAUAAGCAGUAGAUAUAUGUAACUAAAAAGAUCCAGAUAUUGUGAAUAUAAUUUCCAAACGAUAAAGAACCUUCACCAAAAGAAGUGAAAGUAGUAUCAGAAUACAUUAUGACAAAAAAAUAAGUUACGGAAAUUGUAAAUAAAACGCAAAACAUUUACAUACAUA